UUUUUUUCGUUCGGUUUAUGUCGUUUCACGCAGUAAUAUUUUUUUAAAAUAAUUGUUUUUAGCUUAAGUUUUGCGAAAAUUUUAACGAUCUUCCUCCUAAAACAAGUAAGUGCAAAGCAGAAUGGAAUUCUCCCGACGGAACCGCCUUAGACCGGAGUCCAAACUCAGUCUGGACGCGAUGCUGGAAAUGUUGAUUCCGCACAACGUCGCCCUGUAUGCGAUCCCGCCGAUGGUUGAUCUGUCUAUCGCAGAGUUCGAAUCGCUGGCCCUGGAACGUUUGAAGGUUUUGCGAAUUCUGGAACAGGCCGCGGCCAAAAACCUCAAACCCAUGUCGGAUGAGUGGCGGGAGGCCGUGUUCAAUGAAAUGAAUCACGACCAUCUGAAGCCGUACGUUCGGCUGUGCCAGGGCAACCACUCCAAGGAUCUGGACAUUGCCGCCCGCCGAAAGGAUUAUCUGUCCCAUUUCAUUCUGCGGUUUGCGUACUGCCGAUCGGAAGAAUUGAGAAGGUGGUUCCUGGCCCGGGAAAUGGAACUAUUCCGGCUCAAGUUCGGUGGGCUAUCGGCGCAAGACGUCAAAGAUUUCGUGCGGGUUUAUGAAAUGAACUACACACCGUUGACUCCGGAGCAGAAAGCCGAAAUCAAGGACGGUCUGUACGAGAGUACGGCGUACCACAGCGUGGUGCAAAUCGAGGCCAUGGAUUUCUAUAAGGUACGUUUCACGGACGUUUUGGAUUUGGUCCGGGGUCGCAAAUGCUAUCUGAAGGGUGGGUACGCGUACGUCGGGGCUAGUGAUUUUGUCUCUAUAAUAGCGAACAAACAUCAUCAGCUGAUCGAGGAUGGGCUUCAGGCGCAUCUGAAGUUAUUGCCCGAGCUAGAGAGCGAUGAAAGGUUUGCUUCGUUGCUUAAAGGAUUACACACUUCUUAUACCGGGAAGGAUUAUACAAUUGCUAAAGCUGGCGAAGUUCCCGUCGAAAGUCUUGAUCAGUUAUCGAAAAAAUCUCAUCCCUUGUGUAUGCGCUAUUGCCACGAUACCUUGCGAUCGAAGCACCAUUUGAAACAUACGGGUCGUAUGCAAUAUGGAUUGUUUUUGAAGGGUAUCGGAGUCACCAUGGAAGAUUCCCUCAGAUUCUGGCGAGAAGAGUUUACUCGAGGUACGAUUCCGUUAGAAAAGUUUGAAAAGGAGUAUGCCUACAAUAUCCGGCACAACUACGGUAAAGAAGGAUCCAGAGUGAACUACACGCCGUACUCGUGUAUGAAGAUCAUCACAACGAGCGUCGGUCCACAAGAUACUCACGGCUGUCCGUUCAAGAUUUGGGAUCCAUCAGUUCUGAAAACGAAACUCAGCUCUUACGGCUUAAGCGUUGCCCAUGCGGAAGAAAUUGUAAGUUUCGCGAGCAAAGGUCACUACCAAAUUGCUUGUGGAAAAUAUUUCGAAAUUUCCCACCAGGGAAAGCUGGAAGAAGGAAUCAAUCACCCGAAUCAGUACUUCGAACUGAGCCAGAUAACAAUGGGAGCACGGGCUCCAAAAGCAAAACCUGCACCUAAUAAUCGACGAACUUUCAACAGCGCUGGAAGCCAAGAUAGUUCGCUGAUCGUACGCUCCCAUGACACAACGGUUUUGAAUGCCAACGAUGACGAUGAGCUGUGGCAGCUAAUGGAGAGCAAGGAAAAGAACGCGGAACCUGAAAAGCAGAGCGUGAUGCUUGUUGCCAAGGAAAAACCAUCGGUACCGAGUAAGGUGCCAAAGAUUGAACCGGUAUCGAAACCAGCCAAAUCUCAACCCAUUUCCGAAUGGGGCGAUGAUGAUGAUGAUUUCGAUGUCAGCCUUGUGGAAAUGGACUGAGGUUUUCUUUUUUUGAUAAAUAGCUUAAGAUGAAUAAA